CGUUAUGAUGUCUGCUAUGUUUGCUUGCAGUAGUUCUCAGUUUGUUGGCGAGUUUUUUCCUACCUAAGUCGGCUUGUCGCCGUUGUGUUAGUUUUCUUCGCACAGAAAGAAGUCCUGGCACCCGAAAAGUCCUUGGUCGAGUAGUUGAUAAAGAACACUCGGCUGAUAUGCGCCGCCGAUUUUACUUCCUAGUGGCCGCCGAACGUCAGUGACGCAUAUAGUGUGUGCUUCCUCUUGCGCACGCGAACAUGGAAAGUGCUAAGCACGACCACACCGAUCCUUCGACGAGCACAGACUGCCAGAGCAAUGAGUGCCCGAAAGAAGGUAGCCCCGUAAAGCUGAAUGGAGUCAGGAAGGCUGGCCCAUACUUGCUCGGUCCAAAGUUGGGAACGUCUCCGGUGUGCAGCAUUACACAAUGCUUGGCCAAGAAGGAAGGCACUGAUGAUUUUUACACAAUUAAGGUUCUCAUCAUACGAAGCCCGGAGGAAGAGACCCAGGAGGACCGCCAGGGCAAAAUGCUACUGCACACGGAGUAUUCACUGCUUUCCAUGCUUCACGAUCAGGACGGAGUUGUGCACCACCACGGGAUAUUUAAGGAUCGUGCUUGGGAGAUGCGCGAGACCGCAGACGGUCUGGUGUACACGGGGCGGCAGCAGCAGCGCCUGUGCCUGGUGCUCGACUGCCUGUGCAGGCACGACUUUGGCACGGCCACAGCCGACCUGGUCAACCUGCAGCACUAUGUCAUACGUGAGAAACGCCUGCAGGAGCGAGAGGCCCUUUUCAUCUUCCAGGAUAUCGUGCGCAUUGUCUCUGCUUUGCACAAGCUUAACAUAGUGCACCGAGACCUCAAGCUGGGCAACAUGGUUUUUGACAAGCGGAAACGAAAGGUCACCAUCACAAACUUUUGCCUGGGCAAGCACCUGAUCAAUGAGAAUGACCUUCUCAAGGACCAGCGCGGAAGUCCCGCCUACAUCAGCCCUGACGUGCUCAGUGGAAAGCCCUACCUGGGCAAGCCGAGUGACAUGUGGGCGCUGGGUGUGGUGCUGUUCACCAUGCUUUACGGACAGUUCCCCUUCUAUGACUCCAACCCGCAGGAACUGUUUAGGAAAAUCAAGGCUGCUGAAUUCACCCUGCCCAAGGAAUCCCCUCUUUCGGAGAACACACGGAUGGUCAUUCACAAGCUGCUCGUCCUGAACCCCAAGCAGAGGAUGAAGGCUGACGAGGUGCUAGAGUCCAUCGCAAGCACACUGGCCAUGUGGAAUUCUCUGGCUGCUAGUGGAAAGCCCCUCCAAGUUGUGCCAGACAUUGAUGAUGACGAUGCAUGCGGUGAAGAAGCCGAGGCGCGCAAGAGCCAAGAGCAGUCUGCCUCGGGAACAGCGGCAACAGCCGCAUCUCCUUCCUUCACCUCCAACCUGGCAGAGCUGCAGCAUCCUUCGGGGAGCAAUGUGGGAGACUUCAUCUUCGGCACACGCCUUGGAAUCGGAUACGCACCACACACUCGCAAGCCGCCCGUUGUCGGUCCCGUGCCCAAGAGGAGACAGCCUGGCGUGCUGUCCAUACAGCGAGUGCACGAAGACGCCCGGCCCCUGACCGCCAUCGAGAGCAUGCACUACCAGAACAUGUUGCGUCACACCGCCUCCUCCUCCGGUUCAUCGUCGUCCUGAUGCCAGCACCGACAGUGGUGCGGGAAAUGUUCAAUCUCGGCACUACACCUCGUCAGAAAAAGCUUUGAAGUAUGAGCAACAGCUGGGUCUGUCAUAUCAAAAACCUGACAGCGUCUAGUGUAAAUGAUGGGACUGUACACAUAGGGCAAAGAUGUAGUGCAAGCUACACGACAACUUCACUUGUUCGCUUGUUACACUUUCACUUGUUUGUAUCAUCACCGUUGUUCCUUGCUUCUGCAUCACCCAUCACUUGUGCAGUCAAGCCUCAUUAUAACAAAAUCGCAUAAGACUCUAAAAUACCUUUGUGAUUUCUUAUAUUCAUUAUAAGCAUGUGUUUGUUGCAAGGGGAUAUCGGCAAGAAAGACUUUUACUUCGUUGCAAAAAGACAUUUACUUCGUUAUAUCCAAUAAUUUGUGUUGCAUCGAAGUUCAACUGUAGUGUAGAAUGGUGGCAGCUGAGCCCAGGCAUUCAGAACAGCAGCGCCAGAUUGAACUGUGCCAGAGCUGCUGCUGAGGGGACUUACGUCAGCUGCAUAAAUACAUGCUACAUUAAACUAUGCUCUAGAAUGUUGCAUGGAGCCAAUAGGUUACAGCUUUUAACUCGCAAGGACUUAUUGGCCUUUUGCUGCUGAGUAUCGUGACAACCCAUCAGUCUCGCCACUCUGGCAACGCCAUUUACAGAGUCAUGGCACCUAUGACUGGUCACUCCAGUCAUAGUUAAGGCAGAAAGCUAGGCUAGUUGGUUUCGAGUAUGACACAUUUAGACCACUGGAAAAAUACACUGGUCGCACUCCAAUCCUAUGGAUCGAAAUAGCCAGGUUAGAAACCACUCUUUCCAAGCCGGAGGCAGAGUGCCGUACUAUCUUUGGCUUUUCGAGCAGCCAGAACUACUACUGCAGGAAUAAAUGCCCAUUCACAACUACCACAGUUCCUCAAGCGCAUCCCUGCCACCAUCGAGUUUCUUACUGCCUAGAGGGAAAAAAACGCUUAACCUUGCACUCGGCCACGCAACGCUUGAAACAGUGAAGCUGGGCGGUCGUAGCCCAGCAUUUUCCGGAAGUGUGCGCAAACUUUUCAUCUUAUUACUCAUGAUGAUGAUAAUUUCUUUUCGCGCGGCUCGGACUUGCGGUCGUCACUGCGCGUUCCGUAGCGCAGCUUGCAGCACCGACACUGCGUUCCAAUGCCGACACCGCGUUCCAGGAGACCCGCUCCGUAAAUGCGUCUCUCUCUCUCUCUCUCGCACUCACAGCGCGCGAUACCUCUUCACCUCGCAGAGCACAAGCAUAUGAACGCGCCAGCUGUGGACGAAGACGACGACGCUCAAACGCAAUCAUAUGGUUCGCAUAAAUGCACGUUCUGCAAGAGUGGUUACGACGCUCGCUUUGGAACCGGGGGUACGCGGAUUCGAAUCCCGCCUCGGCAGGAAAAUUUCUUUUCUUUUCUUUUUUGGUAGUGUCUUGCUGCGCACCACAAAUUACGGCUGGCUUAAACAGCUUCGCUGUUAAAACCGGCACUGCCACUAUGUGGUAUGCAUGAGAAUGCCGGGAUGUAGUGGCUUCGGGUUUGUGUUUUUCUCGAAGAGCCAAGACACCGUAAAGGCAUAUCUGGGCAGCAGUGUUUCAAAAUUGCUGUUACUUCUAUUUUCCGGAAAUAGCACACUGGUAAAUGACAUUCUGGCAGUGAAAGCAGUCUUAAAUGUCGCCUUCGCUAUAAAAUGGUGCUCAUGUUCAAUCUCCGUCAGCUGGCCACAUAUUUUGUGUACAUGUGUCAGUUAUCCAAUUUGUAUUAUUUAUUCACAAUAUAUUACAUUGCCACCCUCUUGCAACCGUGAAAAACAGCUACUUAAUUUAGUACAGUCUCUCUGUUAUAAAACACUAACUUUAAGCUGUGUAAACAAAAAUCAACUCUGAGAAUAAAACAUUAGGUUUAGUCUAGACUUUUAAUGUUAAAAUGAUAAAGUGACCUUCUACUUUUAAACGUUUUGGUAGAGUUUUGGUGAUAUUUAUAAUCUCGUGUUCCAAUUUAUCACUUGAGCAGUAUGGUACUCUGAAUUCUUGGCAAUUGCAGUCAGUUUUAGCAAUGGCUGCUGAAAAGAACCUGCUGCCAUUUUUUGCUUGUCUUAAUCGCUACAGCAAAGCCAGAUGCUAGCCAUUCAAAGACCAACUUGUCUCUCAAUGCAUUAGGCAUGUCUUUCUGCUCUCUGAAUGAAUUUUCUUGUUCAAAUGAAACCAGGGCAUCAGCUGAAAUAAUGAAGUGAUGUAGUGCCUGUUGGAAAUUUCAUUUCAUUUAACCUGUCAUCGCUGAUAUGUGCCCUACCCUGCCUAUAUUAACCAUUAUUUGGUGGAGCAGCUGAUAAGCAUGGAAUUGAAUUGGACGAAUGGAGCUGUUUUAUCUGCCAGCCCCAUGGCCUGCUGUUUUAUAGUGGUAGCAACAAUUUCAGUACAGUAUAAUUAAUGGCUGGCAACCAACUUCCAAAUGAAAUGACUGUGUUUCGUUAUUAAAAAUGGUUAAGUGUUUUGCACGAUUAUUCAUUGUACUUAACAUACUAAUUUGGAAGGUGCUAAGGUGAAAUUACUUUACCUUAUUCAAUCUCUCUGUUGCUGAUGGCAAUGCUCUCACAUUGCAAAGGUUCUUAUGACAGUGUUCCUCCUUACAAGACUUUUCUUUACAUGGUCUCUAAAAAAUAUUUUUGAAAAGCCGUUGCAGGAGAAUGCUGAACUAAGUGCAGCUAUUUUUCGUACUUGUCAUAAGCUUCUUCAUUUAGUGAGACAUUUUUCAUACAUUCAGUGCCUCUUGUUAUCAUACAUGGUGUAUGUUUUUCAUGUUCCUUGUCAUGCGUACGUCUCAAAAUGUACAUGUAUGGAUGUCCAUCCAAGAAAAUAGCAAUGGUUAGGGUUACUACCUGACUGGCACAGCCAGUUUAUUUCCUUAUGGUGCCAGCUGCCAGUUUGGCCCUCCCACAUAGGCACAGCAUUUUCGAGUUCUCCCUAAAUCGGCUUGUUUAAGCUGCAUCAUGAGCAUUCUGUCAAGCAUUGAUUCACAACACACAACUGAAUUGUUGCAAGCAAAUUCAUUCCUAAUUCCCUAAAUUUUCCCUCAUUCCUUAAAGCAUCACUUAUUUUGUUUAUAUCUACACUUCUACAUCUUGCUUGGUUGUUUGUAAGCUAAUAUAACUAAUUUGGCAUUACAAAUAAAAAUCAUUUGCAACAACUGCAGCAUUAAGAUAUUUAAUAAGAGUGUACUAAAAUUUAUGUAAUGCCAGUAAACUUCAGUUUUGCAUGUACUUGGCAUACUGCCACUUUAUGUUGUUUUCAUUUUACUGUGCAUAAGACUUGUAUCACAGGGUGCUUGCAAAACUUUUUACAAAAAACACCCCCACCUCUCUUUCUGGUACUUCUUUCUUUUUGGUCUCGACAAAGGUGGCAACCUUAUGGUUGAUUACAACAAAAUCAUUGAUUCUUGUAAUUUCACUUAGUGUUUUGAACUUGAGUGAAUUGUUCCACCAUUUACUGGACUUGUAUGGUGAUGUGCAUGUUUUCAUCACCUCGCAUCAUCUUCCUAAUGCAUUCAUUUAUUUUGCCACACAAGUUUACAAAAUUGACAUCUGUUGUUUAGUUUUACAAUUGCUCUGGUUGAUUGUUUAUAUAAAUGCCAUUUACUACCUCCA